AGUCAUCCGGUUUCCAAGUCUGUCACGUGACUAUUCCAUUCCAGCUUUAAACUCUUCGGUGGGGCUCGCGACCUCUGAUGGGCGGGGCUCGGCAGUGUACUAUGGGCUCCUAAUUGGUCCUUGCCUAUAGUAACCGUGCGACGCUUGGAGUGGGCGGGACUUAGCAACUGGUAGCUGUGCUGUGUGCCCUGAGGUGUCACGGCGGAGCCCAUGGGGUGUAUGUAGGGUGAUGUUGUGAUCCGGGAUCUCAGCAUGGAGUGUGCGCUCUAAACCUCUACACUACUGACUGCAGCCUCCUAGCGAACGGGAAGAUGAAGAAGAUAUUCAGCUUCGGGCGGAAGAAGAAGAGUGGUCCCCCGUCCAGCACCUCGGAGACCGGCAGCGUACUGUCCGCCGGCUAUGAGCUGAAGGAGAAGGACCUCAGCAAGUUCCAUCGGGCUGCCUCCUCCGGGGAUGUGGCCAAGACCAGGCAGCUGCUGCACAAGCAGGACAUCAACCAGCUGGACAAGGAGAACAGGACACCUUUGCAUCUCGCUUGUGCAAAUGGACAUCUGGACGUGGUGAAACUGUUAGUAGAAAACAAGGCAAAGUUAAAUGUCUGUGACACUGCCAAUCGUACUCCAUUAAUGAAGGCUAUACAGUGUCAACAUGAAUCGUGUGCAACCCUUUUACUAGAACAUCAAGCUGAUCCUAAUGUUGUAGAUGUCAAUGAAUAUGCUGCACUUCAUCUUGCUGCCCUUAUUCCAUCAAUGUCUAUAGCAGUUCAGCUGCUUGAACAUGGUGCCAACAUCAAUGCAAUAAAUAAGGAUGGCUGUACACCACUUAUUCUUUCUGUUACUGAAAAUCAUCAAGAAAUGGUUGAGCUGUUAAUCAAAGAAGGAGCUGAUAUAAAUUCAAGAGACAGCAAUGGAAGGACAUCUUUAAUGAUUGCAGCAAGCAAUGGUCACAUCGGUUUAGUGAAGUACCUACUCCAAAACAGUGCCGAUAGUUCCAUAAAAGAUUUGACUGGCUGGACUGCUGAUGACUAUGCUGUCAAUGAUGGCCAUCAUGCAUGUUCACAGUUAAUUUUUGAACAUGGCUCAAGAACCAAGCACAAUAACUCUUCCCCUUAUUAUGGAGCUAGUAAAAAGAAGGGAACAUUAGGGUUUGGCAGUCCUGAUAAAGCAGUGGAUGGAGCAUUUACUCUUGGCAGUCCAGCUACAGACAGAGAAGGAGGGAAUGACCUUUCCCAAGUGGAAUCUGAAUCCAGCCGUGGAUCUGAAGAAGCGGAUUCUUGGCCUUCUGAUGAAGAUGACCUAGAUUUUAGUCCAAAGAAGACUGCCAAACCAAGUUUGACACAGCUUUUGCAUACAAAGAAGAACCUUAUUGAAAAAGCUAGUUUUACUUCAGUACAGCCUAAAGGCUUUACUUUCGAGAGUAAAUCAGAUAGUGAAGAAGACUCUGUUCAUAGUAGUGAAGAUGAUGGUGCAAACAUUCAGUCCCCUCCUAAGCCUUUCCCUCAGGCCCGAUCCUUUCCUGAUCCUGUGUCCAUUAAACCUGGCUCUUUUUCAAAAUCUUCCCAGAUGGCUUCUGCUUCUCUUCUCGGAGUAAAUAAGGAUGAGUCUUUUACCGAUGAUGAGGUUGAUGAUGAAAGUGCUAAACAAUCACUUAAAAUAGAUACUGCUCAGCCAGAAAAAGGACAAGAUAAUGCAGAUGGUAUUGGCAGAAAAGUUGCAUUAAUGACAGAGCUAGGAUUUGAAGAUGAUGAUGUUGAAUCACCUUGGGACUCGGAGUCUAAUUCAGAGAGCCCAAGAAAGCAAUCCGCCAGUGAAGGAGUUUUACCAUCUGUUCAAGCCCAUAUGCAGUGUAUCUCAGAAGAAUCCAAUGAAGAUUUGUAUUAUUGCCCUUCUUUUCCAAAACAAUCAAGAAGUUGUAAGAUGCAAUAUGAGGACUGGCACUUAAGGGAGGCGUCCGACAACAGUACAGCUGAAAAAGAACUGCAAAUGGAAAAGGCCCCGAUUUUGCAAAGUAAUAAAGACUCCGCUUCUAACUUUUUUAAGACCUCUUCCGAAAAAAAUAAACCAGAUGUUAUGGCAGAUUUGGGUCUGGAUGAUGCAGAUGAUAUUGAAGAUCCUUCAGACUGGGACUCAACUAGUCAUUCAGUUAAAAGCACAACACAGACUUUACAAAGUGUGAAUUCUCCCCACCAUAAACUGAAUGAACACACCUCUCCACUGACCAAUCAUGAUAAAGUUGCAUCAAAGGAAAAUGCUCCUUCAGGGUUUCUAUGUUCAGUACCUGAAGACAAAGUUGAAGAAGAUCUAAUGCAAUCAAGACAAAAUAAUUCACAAGACAUCGCCAGAAACCGGUUGGAGCAGCCUCAGAAUGGCAAACUUGGGUUGUCAGAUGGAAACCAGCUGACCAAUGACAAGAAUAAUAUACCGACUGAGCCUAUGUUCUUGAAGUUCAGCCUAAGAAAAGAUGAUAUGGUAAAUGACACUAAUGAAGUGAUCUCACAACAGCAGCUUGAAAGUCAAACCAUAGAAAAAAAUCAGGAUUCUUCGUCUGCAUCUGAUCUGUCUUGGAAGGAAAAAUAUGAAAAACUGUGGGUCGACAAUGAGAAAAAGGAUGUCAAAUCUCAAUUUAAAGACAUUACUGCUGAGCUAAAGCAAAAGUUUGGGGAAAUAUGUCAUAAGAAAAAGACUUCUUCAGGGUCCAAUAAAAUCAAAACACAUAAUUUGUCUACACUAGAUAAUGGAGGAAAUAGUUUAGCUGAAGAAAACUAUGCUUCAUCUUUAGAAAAACUUGCAUUGGCUGCUGAACUUAAAACCUCUAGCCCCAUAGUAACUUCUCCUUUGGCACUCAAUCUGGAGCCUAAAGAUUCUGAAAGCCAUUAUUUCAUCCAGCAUCACAACAAAGCUGAGAGCAAAUCUCAGGAGCACUACACUUCUAAAAAUGAGUUGCAUCCUAAAGUAGAAAAAGACGAUACUAUUCAUAUUAUGCAGAAGCAUCUGGGAAAUAAAUUGUCCAUAUCUUCUGAAAACAAAAUAAAAAAUAUCUCCGAUCCAAGCUCUGAAAUAUUAGGUAGUAUGCAUGCUGAAGGAAAUGAGCCCUCUGGGAAGCAUGUCAUCACACUGAACCAGUCUCAAGAUAAUCCUCCGCAUCGGGAAGGUGAAGAUGGGGCCAGUGAUUUUAUAUUUGAAGCUCUUAGCAAGAAUCUAGACAUACAACUGGAUGCAGAGAGGAGAAGAUUUAAGAACGAGGUAGGAAUGCUACAAAUGGUAUUCCUGGAUUUAUCAAGAGAGAGAGAACAACUACAUAAAGAGGCUGGAAAAGAGAAGGGAACUAAUGAGAGAAGACAAGUGGAAACAGAGAAGUUAAAAGGAGGCGGUGACUACAAGUCUGGUCUACAAGUUGAGCCUAAUAUUCAACCGAGCGCAAAAGCUAAAUCUAGCCCACGUAAACGGAAUAAUGAAGGGGAAAAGUCUGUAUCCAGCCAAGCUGAUGACAAAGCAUCCUCUAAAAAAGAAAAGCGCUUAGUGAAUGGCAGCAUGCUUGAUGUAUUUGAUGACAGUAGCCUAAGUGAGAUCUCACAGGAGGAGGAUGGGAGGUCAAGUGGUAAACAUACAGAAAAAGGAAAGAUUAAUGAAGAAGAUCAAGCAGAUUACUCUCAGUCCUCCGACACUGCCACUGAAGAUUCUGAAUUGCCUACUUCAGCUUACAAAGAUGCCAUGUUACUGAUCAGACAACUCAACCUUGAAGGUCAAGAUUCAUUAACAUUUUUGAAAAUCCAAAACACUAUACAUGAGUAUGAACGAGUAAUAGAAAAAGAAAAGGGGAGGCGUGCUCUUUUGUCAAGAGAAGUGAAGAAAUUGCGUAGAGAACGGAAAGAAGUUCAACAGAUUAUGGAAGCAAACCGAGAGCUGAAGUUUUUGUUAGAACAUCACAAAGUAGAAUGGGAGAGUGACCUAAACAAUUUAAGACUUACGCUGAAGCAGGAGGAAGAAAAACGGAAGAGCGCAGAAUUACUGUAUGAGAAGAGCAAAGAACAACUAAGAAAGAAGGAGGAUCACUGUUGCAAAGAGAUGGAGGAGAAGCAGCAUCUUGAAUUGACCUUAAGAAAUUUAGAAAUUGAAAUGAGGAGCCUGAAGAACAAUAUGAAACAGGUUGAAGAAGAACGGAAUGAAGCGCAGCAGUUACAUGCACAAGAACUCAAUGCUAGAGUACUUCAUGAAGGUGCUUUAAAUAAUUUAAAGAAAAAGAAUGAAGAGGAAGAAGUAAAAAAAAUCAAGAAUAAACAAGCUGAGCAGAUGCUCAGCCAGUUUUCUGAAAUAAAUGAGAAGGAGAAAGAUUUAACAAUGAGAAACAUAGCAUUACAAGAGGAAUCGAGCAAUCUUAAAGUAGAAAUCGAAAAUAUGCGUUCACGUUAUCAAGAAGAAGAGAGCAGACAUAUGGAUGAGAAAGAAAUGUUAAAAGAAAAAAUUGAAGAUCUAAGAAAAGAUCUAAAGAUGAACGAGGAAACAUUAACUCAAACUGUGAUUCAGUACAAUGGACAGCUCAAUGCCCUGAAGACCGAGACAGCCAUGAUGUGCUCUAAAAUAGAGCAUGAGAAGCAAAGCAAAGAAAGGUUGGAAACUGAAUUGGAGGCAGUCCGCUCUCGUCUAAACUCUACUCUACAGGAUCUCGAAAGAAGUCAGGCUUUAAAAACAGACACCGAGCGCACAGUACAAAGAGAGCGUGAGGAGUGGUUGCGUUCUAAAGACAAGUUAACUCAUGAAUUGUCUAACUUGCGUGAAAGCCACAGCAACUUGUCUCAGCAGCUUAGCCGAACAGAAUCUAAGUUAAAUGGUUUGGAAAAUGAAUUGCACAGAAAAGGGAUAUCUCUCCAAGAUAAAACUCUACUUUUAGAUAAUGCACAAAGGGACUUGACACAAGCCCAGUCCAAAAUAAAAGAGAUUGAACAAGCCCUCCAGGUGGAAAAAGACCACAAUAACAAAAACUCUGUGAAGCAAGAGUCAAUGCAGGAGAGACUGUCCCAGAUAACUAGCGAGAACAUGCAGCUUCGUCAGCAGCUAGAGGACGUGCAGAAUAAGGGCAUCAUCAAAGAAAAGGCUGUUAGUGAUGUUCAAGACCAUUUUACCAACAUAUACAGUAAGCUGCGGGCUGACACAGAAAGACAAGUUCACAUAAUUGAAGAGAGAAACAAGGAUUUGAUUACCAAGUCUAAUGAGCUAAGGGAGCAAAUUUAUAAGCUAGAAACUGAAAAAGUGGAUCGGGAGAGCAAUAUAAGACAACUUCAGCAGGAACUCGCUGAUGCUUUGAAGAAGUUGUCUAUGUCUGAGGCCUCUCUUGAAGUAAUAACACGUUAUCGAAAUGACCUUGAGGAGGAGAAGCAACAACUUCAAAAAGAACUAGAAAAGUUCAGAAUUAAGCUGCAAGACCUUGAAGACCAGUUUUUUCAGUCAGAAAGACGGAACCAUCAGCUGAAGAAUGCAUUAGAUGAUAAAGAGAGAGAAAUGAUCGCUGCAUUUCAGAAAGUUCAGGAUUUCUCUACUGCAGCCACAGGGGCUGAAAAAGCCGUUAAACAGCUAGAAGAGCAUGUCCAAAAACUUGAAAUUGAAAAUGCCAGGAUUGAAGCAACUGCAAAACAGCAAGCAGGACAAAUUGAAAGCCUUCAGAGAGAACUGCAUGAAUCAGUUUCAAUGCGCAGUCGGCUUGAGGAUUUGGUUACAAAUUUGCAGUCCACAAAAAUCGGUUUAGAAGAGAAGGUAAACCAGCAGGUACAUCAGCAUUCUGCUUUGUCACAAAAUGCACAAGACUCACAACAUCUUUGGCAGACCGAGCUAAAAUCAAGAUCUCAAAUAGGUGUCCGCUUAGCAGAGCUUGAAGGAUUAAACUCUAACUUAUCUGACCAGGUUGCAGUUGAGAAAAAGAAACUGAAGAAAUUGGCAGAGCAAAAGAAAUCUAUAGAAGAAAGAUUUGACCAAGAAAUGAAGAGAAGUAAUAAACUGCAGCAAGAAGUGGCUGAGCUAAAGAAACUUUUAAAAACUGCCAAGAAGAAGUUGAAAAACUAUGAAGGCACUGAACAACGAAGUUAUUUGAAAGACGGAUCCAGAAACUAUGAAACGGAUAAUGAAGUUUUAAAACUGAAGGAAAAAAUUGAAGAACUGUCUUUACAAAUGGAAAAGGAAUCCCGUAAAUAUGUGGAAUUAGAAUCUACUAACCGUGACCUGCAAGAAGAGGUGUCUACAAACAAGAAAUUAUACAGGAAUAUUGAAAAAUUGGAAAGAGGCAAAAGACAACUAGAGGAAGAAUUGUCUGAACUUAAAAGAUGUAUUGACUCGAGCAAGAAGAGUCAAAGUUACCUAGACAUGUAUAAAAAGGAAGUAGAUGAGAGAGGCAGACAAGAAUUACGACAACAACUGGAGGAGGUCAAUCUAUUUCUGCAGGCACAUGCAGCAUCCCAAGACAAACUAGAACAAAUGAGAGCUGAAAGUGAUGCCUCUGUCAGAAGUCAGAUGGAGCAUAGAAUUCAAGACUUAGAAUCCGAGCUCCACAGGCUUAAGAAUGCUCAACUAGAAAACAUGAGCGACAAAGACUCCCACAAGCAGGAGCUGAACAGAUUAAAGGAAUUAUACACAGAAGAAGAGAAGUCAAAAAAAUCUUUGCAAUCAAAACUAGAAAGAGCUAAUGAAAGACUUGCAGAAGCCAACAACAAACUUCUUAAUGAGAGACAAAGGAACAAGUCUUUGAUCGCCAGUACUUUUCUAAGUGGAAGCAUGGGUGCCAGUCCAGUUGUAGACACGAGUCACCUUGCACGUCUCAGCAGCAGCCUUCCAUUUAACAGGAGCCUGGGACUUAGCGGAGGUUUGCUCAAUACAGUUGGGAAUAGUUUGGCUGCAAAUCAAGUGGAGUCUUACUUUACUAAGAUGCAACAGGAGCUAGAAAAAAAUAUUGCUAAAGAGCUAGAUCAAGCUAAUGCUGAGCUAGAAGCUGGAUGUACCAGAAUCUCCCCUGUUGGCUCGAUAGCUGGUUCCCUUAGAAACCUCAGCUCUGACCAAGACCCAGUUUCAAGAGCAACACAACAAUACUUGGAAGUCCUGAAGAAGAACUACAUGAUCUAAACUGACACUGUUUACAUGAAAUGGUUAAUUCAGUAUGAAAAUACUGUAGCAAUUUCUUAAAGCGUUACUGUCAUUUAAAUAAACUUUAUCAGUCAGUUUAAAUCAGUCGGGGUCCCAGUGCUGAGAUCACUUCCGAUCAUUAGAUGCAGCCGGGUAAAGCGCAUGGCUUUGCUCUUCUUUCCUCUGCUCGCCAUUCAAUCUAAUUUAAUGAAGGAGACAGGCUCCAUAAUAAGUCUAUGUCUGUGCAACACGUCAAAAGUUCAUUUAAAUAAGUAACGCUUUCAACAGUUUUACCGUUUCCAUAGGUAUCUUGUAUUUUGCACUUGUUAUAAAACAACGUUUAUGGCUUUAUUUUAUUUAUUUUCUGUACCCAUUCCUUUGUCCAUGACCACUGCAUUUGAAUAUGUUUAUGUGACAUAGUGCUAUGUAUGAUAUUUAUUAUAUACUUGUAACCAUCCACAUUAGUUAAUGUGGUUUUAUUAACCCAUGGUACGUAAUGUCCUCUCACUCAAUGUUUUAUUCACUCUGUGACAGUAUUUACUUAAAGUGUUAGUGCCAAGAAAGUUUAAGAAUGUAUUUUUGUAAAGAUUUUUACACUGCUGCUAAAAAUGAAAAGGUACAAAAGAUUAAACCUUGGUGCAGGAGAGAUUUUAUGUAUCUUUUGUUGUCAUGAACACUCAUUUUUAGACUGACUCAAUUCAUUUACUAAAAUAAUAUGGUCUUAAUGUGAAUCCAUAUACCUCUUACAGUUGCUGGUACAAAGCGACUAUAUUAGCUGCCAAAAGUGUUAUGGCUGUUCUUUACAUGAAUAAUAAUAAUAUUAUCACUCAUUUAAAAGGGUUGUCUAGGACUAGAAAAAUAAGUUUGAUUUUAACUUAAAUAGGCAUAUGCUGCAAUAUGAGACACAAACAGUGGACAGUAGUGGCGCUGUUUCUGAAGCAAUUAAAAAAAAGUACCCAUUUUUCUAACUCCAGACAACACCUUUACAUUCUCCUUUUCAAGGAGGUUCAUAAUAGUCUCUUUACCCUGUUUUAAAAUGUGCAAAAGUUAAAUAUUCCAGGAAUAAGAUAAAAAAAUGUUUUCUAGGUUUCUCUUCCCUAUCUAAGAGCCUAGCAUAGACUAGUGAGACCCCGAUUCCAGCAUUGUUUUACUUCACACUCAGCAGAUGUCGUAAAAUCAUUGUUUAAAUGGGUACUUCACUGCCCCAGCUUUCGUAACAUUUUGUUCUGAACGCUGGGUGCGGAAUACGGGAGGUGUGGUGUCAUAGCCAC